AUGGCGGCAUUUUGUUGAUAGUACGCCGUUUGUUGAUGCAACGUUUUGCACAAAAAUUACUUAAUAUAUAGAAAUAAAUAACGUAAUCUUAAUCGUUAUUUAUAACCCUACUUAUUUUUUGAGUAAUAGUAAUUGUAGUUUUUCAGGACACCAUGAGUUUUAGCUUUGGAUCUGCGACCACAACUGCUGGUGGUAGUACAUUUGGCUCUAACACUGUUUCCACAGGCUUUUCCUUUGGAGGUGGUGAUAAUAAACCACUGUUUGGUGGAACUGGUGCAGCAGCUACAACAGAUAACAAGCCAGCUUUUAACUUCACAAGUCAGACUACAAGUGCACCGGCAUUUGGGAGCUUUGCAUUUGGUGGUGCAAAGACCACUACUGCUGCCCCAUCGUCAACAUCAUCACUAUUUGCUCCACCAUCGUCUACAGCUACUGGAGUUUUCGGGGCAAACAAGCCACUCAAUUUUAGUGGCUUCCAAUCGCCUCCUAAUCAAACCGUAGGCAAACCAAGCUUUCAGCUAAAUACACAGAAUGCACCACAAAACGUUUCUUUCGGUGGCGCCGCCACGCCACCGCAACAGCCGGCCGCAACCACUCAAGCGGCGAACAAUUCGUUCGGCUCAGGUUCGUUCUCAUUCGGCAAGGCUCCGAGCUUCUCCACUCCCACUUCUGGGUUUUCAGCAUUGCCGCAGUCUACAGUUUCGGCCCCGCAAACGGCAACGUCAUUUGCAGCUCCGAAGCCUUCGUUCAGUUUCGGUGGCACCGCGCCACCGGGCUUUGGUACUACUACGAGUACCACUAGUGCGGCUCCGUUAUUUGGUGCCACAACAUCAUCAUUUUCCCUCCCGAGUCAACCCACAUCUCAACCGUCAACACAACCAAGUUUUGGCACCACUGGCUUAGGGACCACUGGUACCACUGGCCUCGGCAUAACGGGAACUAGUCUUGGAACCACUGGAAGUACCCUAGGAACCACUGGAAGCACCCUAGGAACUACUGGAAUCACCCUAGGAACUACUGGAAGCACGCUUGGAACUAGCCUAGGAACGAUUGGAACCACAUCGAGUCUCGGAAUAACCGGAACCAGUCUUGGUACAACUGGAACGAGUAUUGGAACAUCUGGAACGAAUAUCGGAACAACGGCUACUGCUCUUGGAAGUUCAACUCCAUCGUUCGGCUUCGGAACAACUUCAACACCAGUCAGUUUUGGAACAACAACAACGUCCGCUGGUUUUGGAAAUCAAUCAUUCGGAACGACUACUUCGAGUGGACUCGGUUUCGGUACUAGUGGUACUACAGCACCAAGUUUUAGUGCCACAACGACUGGGCUUAGUUUGCCUGCAACGUCUGCACCAGCAUCGACUGGACUUAGUUUUGCAACGACUCAAUCAAGUUUGGGCUCCGGACUCGGUUUUGGAACUACAAGCUCGGGUGGACUCGGUUUUGGAACUAAACUGACAGCGACCACAGCGGCAUCUACUGCUGCAUCCAUCACAGCCCCGAGCGGUAUAACAGCUCUCGGGAAAGCGACUUCCGCGGCUAUGCCCACCCUCACCACGGCCACCACCACGACAGCAGCGCCCCCUGCUCAGAUUACGUCAAUCACCUUCGCCCAGUUGGAGGAGAAUAUAAACAAGUGGACGCUAGAGCUGGAGGAACAGGAGAAAACUUUCAUAAACCAAGCUACACAGAUCAACGCUUGGGACAGACUGCUCAUAGCCAACGGUGAAAAGAUAGUGGAGCUGAACGACGCCGUGCAGACGGUGAAGAACGAGCAGGAGAGCCUCGAGCACGAGCUGGAGUUUGUCCUAGCGCAGCAACGCGAGCUGGAGGAGCUGCUGGCGCCGCUGCACGCGCUGCUGCCGGCCGCCGGCGACUGCGCACGCGACGCCGAGCGGGAACACAUGUAUUCGUUAGCGGAGAAUCUUGAUACGCAGCUGCGACAGAUGUCUGAAGACCUGAAAGAAGUUAUAGAGCAUUUGAAUGAGACGAACAGAAGUCAGGACAGUAAUGACCCGAUUGUCCAAAUAGGUCGCAUCCUCAACGCCCAUAUGUCGUCAAUGCAGUGGGUGGACAACUCCAUCGCACACAUCUCCAACAAGCUCGACCAGCUCAAGGCAACGCACGACACUCUGCGACGCGACAACGAGAGGUCUUUCCAGCUCACUUAUAAUUAAAAAUAUUUCAAAAAUUAUUUUUUUAUUUUGCAAAGGCGGGUGCGUCACCGCGUUUUUUAUGGAAUUGUAACGUCUGUUCCAUGUAACUCUGUUUUGUCUUACAAGUCUUAUUAUAGUCAUCACCCACCUACCCUUACACCACUAUAAAUGAAUAUAGACGUUUACGCAACCAGUACAAAUUCCAAACAAAAAUGUGUUUGGUGUGCACCAGUCUUUAAAUCUGCACUGAAAUUGAAGGAGUUUCCAACGGACGUAUAAUCCAAACUAAUAUUAUAAAUGCGAAAGUUUGUCUAUGUGUCUGUUUGUUCCGCUUUCACGUCUAAACCGCUGGACCAAUUUUGAUGAAAUUUGGUAUGCAUGUAGUUACGGACCCCCGAUCAAACAUAGGCUCCUUUUUCCAAAAAUCAACCCCCCAAAUUACUAUAAUGGGGGGUGGAAGUUUGUAUGAAAAUCGACUGUUCCGCUUUCGCAAAUAAAUUCACGCGGGCGAAGUGGCGGGCAAGAGCUAGUUGUUUUAUAAAGUAGUAAGAGCCAUGCCACAAUGCUCAGUUGCGCCUCGUCGCACAUCUGUGUCACAAGCUAUAGAAAACAACAGAGCCACAACGUGCUCCGUCGUCGCAACGGAGCGCGACUGAACAAUGGGGCGUGUCACUUUAGUCUUAUUAGUAAAUGUAAGAUUCUGAAAAUGACAAGAUUUAAACGCCAAAUGUGUAAAUAUGUGGAAAUCAUAUCAUUAAGAAUCUGACAUUUCUCGACGACACCGAUAAACUGUGUUUUCCAUCCCAUUGAAGUUGUAUGGAGAUGAUAGUUUAAUCUAUAUAUGCCCAGCCAGAAUUAUAUUUGGUAAAUCUUUCGUUAUUAUGGUUUAAAAUGUUUUAUAUUUCUACUUUUUUUAAAUCAAAUACCCGCUAGCACAAAAUGAGGCAUAUUAAAUAUGGUUGAACUUGACAUUCUGAACAAAGCUGUUAUCAUGGAUUUAGUAAGUACUGUUAGUACCUGCUAAUUCCAUGGUUGUUAUAUACCAAUUAAUUUUCUUCAAAUUGCAUGUCAAUACUAGUUACUUUUCUUUUUUCAAAAAGUCAUUUGUAAUCUUUGCUCAUUUUUUUAAUAAAAAAAUAAUCAAACGUGAAUUAAUUGCAGUUUGAAAGUUGUUUAUGAAAAUCGUUUUUGUUCAAUUUUAAUUACCAUUUCAAUUUUUUACAUAAUGUUAAUUAAAAAAGUGACAUUGAAGGAUUAAUGUUAUUGUAAAUUAUUAAAUUAAAAUUUAAUUUCAUUACAAAUAAAAGAUAUUUUGAAA